AUGGCGACCGAAGAGGAGCCGUCGUACAUUGAUUACGACACCUUUCUCGACCCCGACUUCAACCCCAAGACAUUUGCCAACUCCCUUGUCCUGCUCACCAACAAUGCCAACGACCUGCCGCUCGACUUGUCAACACCCUUGUCGAAAGUCCUCUUUGAUAUCCAAGAGAUUGACUCGCACAUCGAUGUGCUAACCACGAAAUCGGCCGUGCCCCUCCUCAAAUACACGCGAGACCAGAAUGACGCGAGCGGCCGAAUCAUCUCGGAGCUCGACCAGCACAUCAAGAGCCUGAACGACAGCUAUCGCCAGCUCGAGAAGGAGGUCAUUGAUAGGCACGCCGAGGCGGAGGAGGUCAGGGUUGUAGCGACGCGCCUAUGGGAAUCCCUGCGCCUCGCCCGAUCCGUUAGCCGCUGCCUCCAGCUCGGACGGCAGCUCGAGGUCCAGCACGCCGAAAUCUCGGGGUCCGGGUCCAGCGGGACACCCUCGUCGUCGAGCGCCGCGAAGCCCGCCAAGGGCGACCACAAGGCCCUGGUGCGGUGCGCGCACACCAUCCUGCUCCUCCGCGAGGUGCUGGAGCGCAACAAGCCCGGGGAGGAGGGCCACGGCCUCGACAAGGUGGACGUGGUGCGCAGCUUGAAAGACGCGGUGAUUGCGCCGAUUGAGCGCGCGGUCCGCGAGACGGCCGAGCGCAUCCUCCGCGAGUUCAACGUCCCCGGCGACGCCACGUUCAACCAGGCGGACGAGGCGAGGUCGCGCCUGCUCUCGUCGCUGUCGACGCUGUACCUGCUGUCGCCCAUGAACUGGGAAAAGCCUGAAAAAUGGACCCCGAAGUUCCUCCUCCAGUCCCUCGAGGCCUACCUGCGUGCUAGCCUCCAGGCGAGCGCCACCACCCUGGCGCGCGCUAGGCCAGUUGCCGACGUUGGACCGAGCUCUCGCCGAGGUGGCGGCCAAGCCCCGAACCACCCUUUGUUCGAGAGCCUCCUCCCCGCCCCACCCGUGGCUACCGCCGGCGCUGCCGGUCCCGCUGCCGCCGCUGCCGUCGCCGCGCAGCUACAGAAGCAGCAGCCGCAACAGAAUCUGCUGCAGCCCUUGCUCGGGUACCUCGAGACGGGCUCGCUGGCGUCGUACUACUGGCGCACCCUGGCCAGCAACAUGGUGUCGCGCGUGCAGGAGCUCUCGAACCGCGGGGGCGUGGUGGCUCGCACGCUCAAGACCAACCGGGCUAACGUGGGCGACGCCAUUAGGGAAUGCGUGAUCAAGGGCUCGCAGACGCCCCGCGCGCUGCUGGCGGUGAAGAAUAGGAAAGCCGGCGAUGGGGAGGAGGUCAAGUGGGAUCGUGAGAUUGCCGUCAUGGUGGGCAGUGUCGUCAAUAAUCUUGGCGGGAGAUGA